ACUACCCCUUCAUCGUCCGUCUCUGAAUUGAUAUGACGAAUAUGCGAAUGCUCAAUCCCGAUCGGAACGGAACAUACGAACAGCCACGUACUGUCUUCGACCCCUCGAGCCAUACACCCAACAAAAAACCUGUCGGAGAGGCCUACAGCUUGAGUCUCCCGCAUCCAAAGCUCCACGACAUCCAUCCCACACCGACACGUUCACGAAGCAAUCUCACCGACAAUGGAGCCGUCACUAGAAGACAUCGCGAUCCACACACUCACCUCCCUCGAAUCGCGUCUCCGGCGUCUUGAAUUCCUCCUCUACGGAAGUAUCCCCUCACCCGACUCAACCAGCGACGACGCUCCCUCUCCACCGCAAUCCACGAUCUCCCGACGGCUCAAGAAGCUAGAAGAAGGGACACAAAAACUCCACUCGAGCCAUCCGGAUAUAGUGAAGAUUAUAUGGUUGAAAUCCCGCUUUCCCGACCUCUUCUCUCCGUCUCCUACCUCCGAAACCACCAUCCCCCCCCUCCCCUCCCAACUUACCACUCUCCUUUCCCAUGCCCCCCUAAUUCACACCACCCGCUCCUCCCUACACUCCCUACACUCCCUCCUCCCGCUCCUCUCCUCCACCUCCCCCCUCACGCACCUCCUCGCCGCCUCCCCGCAGCUCUCCGCGACCCAGACAACCCUCAUCGAUCAGGCGGCGCAGGUUGCGGAGCUCCGGCGUGAGAGCGCGGAGGUGGUGUGGCGGUGGCAGGAGGCUUUUGUGAUUGCGCAAGGGGGGUGCUGGGCGGAGUGGGAGGAGAGGGUUGGGGGGGUGGAGGGGUGGGUGAGAAGAGGUGAGAGGGAGAGGGAGGAGGAGGGGUGA